CAGCCUUGGACGCCUGCGCGGAAGGAACCGCGUGAGCCCGGAGGGUGCGGCUGACCGGGGCCUCGAGGCCAGCACGGGAGACCAUGGCCGUGCGUGACCAGGCGUUUGUGACCUUCGCGGAGGGCGACGUGUCCUGCCAGGGCGCCUUGGUGCUGGGCCAGUCGCUGCGGACUCACGGCACGUCCCGGAGGCUGGUGGUGCUCGCGGGCACGCGGGUCUCCGAGCUGCUCAGGUCCGUGCUGGCCCGCGUGUUCGACGAGGUGGUCCCGGUGGACCUGAGGCAAGGACCCGGCUACGUGCGCCGGACGCUGGCCCGCCGGCCCGAGCUGGACGCCGCCCUGGCCAAGCUGCAGUGCUGGACGCUGACCGCCUACAGCAAGUGCGUCUUCCUGGACGCACACACCAUGGUGCUGGCCGGCGUGGACGAGCUGUUCGAGCGGGCGGAGCUGUCGGCGGCCCCCGAGCCCGGGUGGCCCGACUGGUUCAGCAGCGGCGUCUUCGUCUUCCGCCCGUCCCUGCACACGCACCGGGACCUGCUGCGCCGCGCGGCCCUCGGGGGCAGCCUGGACGGCUCGGACCAAGGCAUCCUGAACAGCUACUUCAGCAGCUGGUGCAGUGCCGACAUCCGCUCACGCCUCCCCUUCAUCUACAACCUCAGUACGGGCGCCACGUACACCUACGGUCCCGCCUUCCAGCAGUUCGGCUCGGCCGCCAAGGUGGUCCGCUUCUCGGGCCCGUUGAAACCGUGGCACUACAAGUACAACCCGCAGACGGGCUCGGUGUGGGAGGCCGGGCUGGGCGCCGUGGACCCGCAACAGGGCAAGUUCCUGCAGGCCUGGUGGAGGCUGUUUCACCGCCGUGUGCUGCCGCUGUACGGGGCGGUUCCCGACCGGCCAGAGGAGCCGCUGUCUCCGACACACACAGAGGAAGAGGAAGAGGAGGAGGAGGAAGAGGAGGAAGAGGAAGAGGAAGAGGGGCUAACGGCCCUGUUGCCUGGAGACCGCCACGCGGAGGACGUCCUGCUCACCGUGUCCAUCUCCGAGAUCUCCAUCGAGGACAGGACGCGUCCCCCGAGCCCCGGGGAAGGGCGCAGGAAGUGGGAACAGGGCCACAUCGACUACAUGGGCCGGGACGCUUUCGCCCACAUCCAGGAGAAGCUGGACCGAUUCCUGCAGUAGGUGGACGGGACACGCCGCCCGGGUCCCGCCCUCCCGGCCCUCACCGGGACAACGCCUCGAUGGUGCUCCGUGGUCGUGCCUUCCGGAAGUUGAAUCUUUCUAGUAGCACAGUUCCACCGUCCUCCCGUUGUUCAUCGAUUGGCUCGAGUGGACACAGUCACAUCUCCAUGACGAGACUUGUUGUGACUGUGUUUGGCAUCGCAGAGACGCCACGGGGAGCUGGCCAGGCUCUGCCAUCGUGCGGGCGGGAUCCUCUCGGGAGCUGGCCGGGAGGCUCUCCGAGAGGGGCGGAGGAAUCGAACCCGGGUCGGCCGCAUACCAGGCCAACACCCUCCCCGCUGUGCAUUCGCUCCAGACCUUUCUAGUACCUCACAGAAACACAGCAAGAAUG